GGGCAUUUCACCAUUCGCAAUCAAUUUUUUUUUUCUGUCCUCUUGACUUCCCCGUUUCCACUUAGCGGUGCCUGUUAUUCCGAAGUCACUAAACCCACCCCAGAAGGGCGACCCACCAGAAUUUUCCCCAGAGCCCAGCGACAUCGAACCACCUCCGAAGUUCUGACUGUACCUCUCUCUUCGGUCUGACUACAACCAACCUCUUGGCCUCUUCGUGACUGAGCAGCUUGACGAGCCUCAGAACUUGCGAGAUACUCAAUUGUCCUCUAUUUUAUUCUGCUUCUCUCGCAGAUCUUUUCGCUCUCUUUCUCCCCUCUCCACCCCGCCUCAGACUCUUCUCCCCCCCGCGGAAAUUAUGCUGUCCACUCUUCGAGUUGCGAGCAGGCGAGUUGCUCUGCGCCCUGCGCGCCUGAGCCUCGCCAGCCGUGCUGCUCUGUCUACCUGGAUCAACGUGCCCCAGGGCCCUCCUGUGAGCAUUACCGAAGCUUUCAAGGCCGACAAGUUCGAGAAGAAGAUCAACCUCGGUGUUGGCGCAUACCGUGAUGAUGCUGGCAAGCCCUACGUCCUCCCCUCCGUCCGUGAGGCCGAGAAGAAGAUCAUCGACGAGAAGCUGAACAAGGAGUACGCCGGCAUCACCGGUGUCCCCGAGUUCCCUCCCCUGGCUGCUAAGCUUGCCUACGGCCCCAACCAGGACGUCCUUGACCGAGUUGCCAUCUCCCAGACCAUCUCCGGCACUGGUGCCCUGCGCCUUGGUGCUGCUUUCCUCCAGCGCUGGUACUCUGGCGACAAGAAGAUCUUCAUCCCCAACCCUUCAUGGGCCAACCACAAGGCCGUCUUCAGCGAUGCCGGCCUCAAGGUCGAGACCUACCGCUACUACAACAAGGAGACCAUUGGCCUCGACUUUGAGGGCCUGGUUGCCGACCUCAAGGCUGCUCCCCUGGGCAGUGUCUUCCUGUUCCACGCCUGCGCCCACAACCCUACCGGUGUCGACCCCACCCCUGAGCAGUGGAAGGAGAUCUCCAAGGUCGUCAAGGAGCAGAACCACUUUGCUUUCUUCGACAUGGCCUACCAGGGCUUUGCCAGCGGUGACACUGACCGUGACGCCUUUGCUGUUCGCUACUUUGUCGAGCAGGGCCACGACAUUGCCCUCUGCCAGUCAUUCGCCAAGAACAUGGGUCUCUACGGAGAGCGUGUUGGUGCCUUCUCCCUGACUACCGCCGACGCUGCCGAGAAGAAGAAGGUUGAUUCUCAGCUCAAGAUCCUCAUCCGACCCCUGUACUCCAACCCUCCCAUCCACGGAGCCCGCAUCGCCUCCGAAGUCCUGAGCAACCCCAAGCUGUACAAGCAGUGGCUCGGUGAGGUCAAGGAGAUGGCUGACCGCAUCAUCACCAUGCGCGCCCUGCUCAAGGAGAACCUUGAGAAGCUCGGCUCCAAGCACGACUGGUCCCACAUCACCAGCCAGAUCGGCAUGUUCGCCUACACUGGCCUCAACGCCGAGGAGAUGGAGAAGCUGGCCAAGGAGUACUCCGUUUACGCCACCAAGGACGGCCGUAUCUCCGUUGCUGGUAUCACUACUGCCAACGUUGGCCGUCUGGCCGAGGCCAUCUUCAAGGUCAAGGGUUAAGCGUUUAAAGGAGGGAAAAAAUUACAUUAGAAAGAUUGGAAUAAAAGGGA